AUGGAUCCCCUAACUAUCGGCUCCGCAGUCAUUGGCCUGAUCGCAGGCGCAUCUCGCAUAGUGCCCAUACUAUACAACUUCAUCACUCUCACGCUAGAUGCGCCAAAGACAGCUUCGCAAGUCCUCGACGAAAUGCAAAGCAUCAUCGCAGCCUUGACACAACUCCAAACCUACCUGACUGGCGCGACGACAUCCAACGGUGCCAGACGCUCCAUGUUAACACUCCGCAACAUUUCCGCGACGUUGACGGCUUGCGUGACUACGUACUCGGACCUUGAAGACGUGGUGUCGAGAUGUGUUCUUGACGGAGGUAAAGUGAGCAGGCCGAAGUGGGUGAUGUAUGAAGGGCAAAUCGAUGUGCUAGUGCAGAGGAUGCAAGCGCAUAAAUUGAGUCUGACGCUGAUGUUGACGAUUCUUCAAUGCGAGUCGACACAAGUAGCUGAGAUCUCAAUGACACGAUUGCACGCCAUGGUCGAAGACCUGAUGGCUAGCAACGCGGAUAUGCGGACGCGCAUGGAUCAGGUUCUUACCGAUCACCCUGCGCAUCGUACGGUCGUUGAAGAAGACAUUGAUCCCCUGUCCCAGAGCGCGUUUGAAACCGACUUAGACACAUCACGAGUCUACCGCAAGCUGCGAGCCCGAACAUCGCUGUGGUCAGUGAACACCUCGCAGCAAGGCUCCAUGGCACUAACAGCAUUCUCCGCCUUGACCAUGGAUGACGUAUCCAAUUUGUCUGUUGUCCGUCUUCCAGUUUGGUCAAAGGACAUAGUCAAUGCAUUUGAUUACGAGUUCGAAGAAGACGACUUUACACCUCAAGCUUCGCCAGUUUUGGGGCUCGUGGUGGUGAUGGACGAGAUACCAGAGUUUACAAAAAUUGCGCGCAGUGUAGAUGAUUUGACUCCUAAAGCUAAACCUACGUUAAAUCCUGUCAUUAUGCCAGUAUACAAUGCGCGCGAUGUAAUUGAUCCUUGGAAUCAUGGACGCCGAGGGGCGAUAUCAGAAGAACUCAUUCGAACAUAA